UAGAAAGUUCAGUAGGAUUUUCCACCUCUUUGGAAAAUGGAAGAGUAAUUAUGUGGAGUUCUGAUUUCGAUUGCAACUUGGGUUUUGAUUCACCUUUAUAUUGUUUUUGGUUAUUACUUGUUGGGUUUGUGAUUUAUCUUCAUUUAGGAAAAUUCUUAGUUAUGUAUUUAUGCCGUUCUGGUUUCUUCUAUGCAUGAUUAUGCCUCUCGGAUCUGUUUUCCAAGUAACUGAUCCGAAUUUAUGUGUGUACCUAAAGAUUGAUAGUUAUUUUCACUUUCACCUGUACUGAGUUCAUCUGCUUCAAAAGAUGGCUUAUGAGUGCAGAAGAUUCUGAAUCUUUACCACGUUAUGCAGUAAAUUGGAACUUCUAACCAUUGAUUUAGCAUAACGUAAUCUAGGGAAGUUCUUGGAUGCAUUGUGUCUGUGAGAGUCAUCACGAAUCUCCAUCAUUUGAAUUUGUUAUUGAUUAAAUAAAUUGAAUCUGGGUCUGUCAAGAUCAGCAUGUUUUGAUAUUUAUGGGAACUUCAGAAAUCCUCGACAUCAUUCUCCACUUGGGGGUUUCGUGAUAGAAUUUUCAAGAAGCGACCAUUCAGAAUACAAUAAUCUAUAAGCUUACCCAUGUUCGUGUCAGUUCUGGGACCCAAUUAAUAUUAUAUUUGAACCAGUGGAUUAGGAUGAUUUGUUUUGCCGUUUCAUCAGUUAUCUUAUCACUGCAAUGAAUGUGAUGCUUUUGGUUUAUUAAUGAAUUCCUACUUGAGGCAUUAUAGAAAGAAGACUGCAGAAACAUAAACCUGGCCAUGGAACAGCAGUACCUUGAAGAGGCUUUGAUGCCAAACGACAAUUCAUUAGGAGGAGACAAAUUACGUUUAGACAUCCAAACAUAUAUUUCAGAUGCUGAAGAUGAAGCUUCCCAUGGCUUUGACUGCAACAUAUGCCUAGACUCAGUUCAAGAUCCUGUUGUAACACUUUGUGGUCAUCUCUUCUGUUGGCCCUGCAUUUAUAAAUGGCUUCACUCCAAGAAAUUAUCUGCACAACAAUGCCAACAAGUGGAAUGCCGAUGUCCUGUUUGCAAGGCCAAAGUCUCCCGUGCUACUCUCAUCCCAAUCUACGGAAAAUUUCAAACUACAGAUGCCUCCAAAGCUAAAGCACCUCCAAAUCUUGGCCCAGCCAUCCCACGCAGACCGCUUGGGUGGCAUGCUUGUGAGGCAGAGACACCAGCAUCUCCAACCCCCCAGCUUCAUUCCCACAACUAUUCUCCUCAGUCACACUCCUACUACUCACAAACACAAAACGAAUACAUCUCUUCGUCAAUGCUUAGCUCAAGCAGUAUCACAACAAACAUUAUCCAUCCAGUGAUUGGAAUGUUUGGUGACACGAUUUACCCAAGAACGUUGGGAAACACAACAACGAACCUGUACAGUUAUCCAAAUUCAUAUGGUAAUGUGAGCAACAGUAGUGUAAGACUGAGGAGGCACAUAAUGCAGGCUGAUGAGUCACUGAGCAGAAUCUGUUUCUUCUUUUUUUGCUGCUUAGUAAUAUGUCUUCUUUUAUUCUAAGAAGCUCCCUUUAGACCAUUUCUAGGUAUUGGAUGUAGAUAUAUACACAUAGCAUGUAACUAUGAGCUUAGUGUAAAAAAGGGGUAUAAAUUUCCUUCCAAUCUGUUUCAUGGGAUUGGUGGAUGUAUAAUGAAAAUUAUUUUAUGUGGGAA